AAUGAGUGGACGCGGAAAAGGAGGUAAAGGGCUUGGGAAAGGAGGCGCCAAACGCCACCGUAAGGUUCUCCGCGAUAACAUCCAGGGCAUCACCAAACCCGCCAUCCGCCGUCUGGCUCGCCGUGGCGGUGUAAAGCGUAUCUCCGGCCUGAUCUACGAGGAGACCCGCGGUGUGUUGAAGGUGUUUCUGGAGAACGUGAUCCGUGACGCCGUCACCUACACCGAGCACGCCAAGAGGAAGACCGUGACCGCCAUGGACGUGGUGUACGCUCUGAAGAGGCAGGGCCGCACUCUGUACGGCUUCGGAGGCUAAAUCUGCUCUGACCUCCCAACACAACGGCUCUUUUCAGAGCCACCCACCUUACUGAGAGCGAUCCUUUGUUCAUGCUGUAAUCGUGUUACACAAAGACCUAAAUAAACACAAAGAGCCGUUUAAGUAACACGAUUCAAAACAGACAACACCUGGUCGAGGUUUCAAGUCGCCAUGCAAGCUUCAUGCCCCAAAUCAAAAUGGCGGUAGCAUGGUUUAGUUUGCAGGAAUCCAGCAUGGCUCAUGUUUUUAAACGAAAUAACUUUCCGUCAUUUUGCCGUCAGUGGCGCGGACUCUACCCAUAAAGCACCGGCGUGCUGACGGUCUGAGGCCGGAUGACCGGAUACCUCCGAUGAUGUCAGGACCAGCCCAGCAUGGGCUCUCCUGUAGAACCAGCAGCUGGCUGAAGGUGAUGCUGUCAGGACCCUUCUGGCUUCGUGCCCCAAAUCAAAAUGGAGGAUGCCAUCAAGCGCCCGGCGCUGAUACUCAUGUUUCUAUUGCUGUAAAAUACCUUUGAAACACUUUAUAGCGAUUUCGGAUCACAAAAUACUUCAGUUACCCGCAGGUUUUAAAACACUAGAGGCUCAUUUUA